ACAGCCGUCUGGCCCAAUCAGAACGCUGUUGUGGGACCGCCUGUCCAAUCAGAGCGCAGCCUGUGUGUGUGCCGCUCCCUGUUAGCUAAACCUGCUGAACGAGGACAAGCGUCUUAUUUCUGCCUCAAGUUACAGUUAAACGGUACAAACUCCAUCCCCGUGUGAAGUCUAAAAGAAGUGGCCAGGUAAAGGUUAUUGCACUCUCAGUGGCGUUUACUCGGACUGAAAAGGUGUCGUUUCCUGUCCGUGACUGUGCGAGUAGUUUUCCUCCGCCUUGCUGUUUGUUCCUGUGGUCUGAAGGGGAGUAAACACAACGGUUCUGAUAAGAUGGCGGACUGUGUCACGAAGGUGGAGCUGAGCGUCUCCUGUUCUAACCUGCUGGAUAAAGAUGUCGGAUCAAAGUCUGAUCCUCUGUGUGUGCUGCUGCAGGGCACAGGAGGAGACAGCUGGACUGAGCUGGGUCGUACUGAGCGGUUGAAGAACACCUCCAGUCCCUCCUUCAGUCAGCGUCUCAGACUGGAUUAUCACUUUGAGACGGUGCAGAAUCUGAAGCUCGGGGUCUACGACAUCGAUAACUCCACCUCUGACCUCAGCGACGAUGACUACCUGGGCGGGGUUGAGCUAACACUCGGACAGAUCAUUUCCAGUAAAACUGUGACCAGACCUCUGCAACUGAAGAAAGGCAAACCUGCAGGGAAAGGAACCAUCACUGUCACAGCAGAGGAGAUAAAGGACAACAGAGCCAUUGAGUUGGUGCUGGAGGCUAAAAACCUCGACAAGAAGGAUAUGUUCGGAAAGUCUGAUCCAUUCCUGGAGUUUUUUAAACAAGGAGACAAUGGAAAGUGGCAGCUGGUCCACAGAACAGAGGUGGUGAAGAACAAUCUGAAUCCCUGCUGGAAGAAGUUCUGUGUUCCUCUGCAGACGUUCUGCUGCAGCGACCUCGACAGACCGCUGAAGGUGGAUUGCUCUGAUCAUGAUAGUGAUGGAUCUCAUGAUCUGAUUGGUUCUUUCACCACUAAAGUCUCUGAUCUGCAGAAAGCUGGAAAUGGUUCACUGGUGGAGUUUGAGUGCAUCCACCCCGAGAAACAGAAGAAGAAGAAGAGCUACAAGAACUCCGGGGUCGUCUCUGUGAAGAGCUGCAAGCUGGUGACUCAGUACACCUUCCUGGACUAUGUGAUGGGUGGCUGCCAGAUCAACUUCACUGUGGGGAUCGACUUCACCGGCUCUAACGGUGAUCCUCGCUCACCCAACUCUCUCCACUACAUGAGUCCAGACGGGCUGAACCAAUACCUGUCUGCCCUGUGGUCUGUGGGUCAGGUGGUCCAGGACUACGACACUGAUAAAUUAUUCCCAGCGUUCGGUUUUGGAGCCAAACUGCCUCCAGACUACCAGGCUGCUAACCAUGAGUUCGCCCUCAACUUCAACCCCACUAACCCCUACUGCCAAGGUAUUCAGGGGAUCGUUGAAGCCUACAGAAUGGUUUUGCCUCAGCUCAAACUGUCUGGACCCACAAACUUCUCUCCCAUCAUCAGCCACGUCGCUUCCUUCGCCAGCGGCGCCGCGCAGGCCGACAGUGCCUCUCAAUACUUUGUUCUCCUCAUCCUCACUGAUGGUGAGAUCACCGACUUUGACCAGACCCGGGACGCCAUCGUCCGGGCGUCGCGGCUGCCGCUGUCAGUCAUCAUCGUGGGGGUGGGGCCGGCGGACUUUAAGGCCAUGGAGCUUCUGGAUGGAGAUGACGGUGUGCUGAGGUCGACAGUGGGGGAGGCCGUCGCCAGAGACAUUGUCCAGUUUGUCCCGUACAGACAGUUCAAAGAUGCUCCCAAGUCGGCUCUGGCUCAGUCAGUCCUUGCUGAGGUUCCCAACCAGGUGGUCUCUUAUUUUAAAAUGAGAGGCCUUGAACCACCUAAACCUAAAGCUGCCCCCAAAUCCUAAACCCACACCCACAUGACCUAAACCCUACCCCCCUGCAAGCCCCCAGACUGCCCCGCAUAGAGCUGAACGACCACCCUGAUUUCAUUCCAGGCCCGGACCACCACGCACCCUCUACUCUACCCCACAACCCACAAAGUCGACCACUCUUCAGGGACCAACAUAAUGUGUUGCUGGAAUCUCAGCCAGUCACAACACAGCAUUCAGCUGUCAGCCAAUCAGGAUGCCAGGGGCAACACUCCACUCUUUUUUUAAAUCAGUUUCAUAACAACGUUAUUCUCUCUGAUGAUGAUUAUAUAGUAUAGAUUAUUGAUUAUUAUACGAUCCUUUGCUGCUUCCACACUAACUAUGCAUUUCACGUUGCUAAUGUGUUUAAAACUCACAGAGCUGCAUACACACAGAGAGCGUUUCAACUGAUCUGCUGAGAGCUGAACUAGUGUAAGAACUGCAUUGACUUCGCGGAGAAACUUUGGGGUUUUUCCCAUUCACUUCAAUCAGUUUUAUCGCAGCAGCAUCUAGUGGACAUUGGCGGAACUGCAACCACAGGUGUAACUCACCAUAACCAAAGGUUUUCAUAACCAUUUGUUACCAUGGUGACACUGUGCACCCAGAUCCAGCGCUGUGUGUGUGUGGCUCUGAUUAGCUUUAUUAAUCAGGUAUCAAUACUUUGCACUUUGUUGUUGCACUAAAUGCUGGAAAACUGUUUUAUGAAAGGUAUUAUGUACUCUUUAACAUAGCUUUACUACUAUAGCCUUAUUAUAAACUUUACUAUAGCCUUACUGUAGACUUUAGCGUAGCCUUUAUGUCGCUGCUCAGCUGCUCAGCUGUAGUAACCAUCUGAACUCAGCUCAUCUUCAUUCAGGGGUGCGAUAAAGUACAAAAAUGGAUUCAGAAGCACAUGGUUCUGUUUAUACUACAUUCGGUGCCUGCAUACACCGACGUUCACACCUUUGUCAGUCAAACGUGUGGCAUACAGAUGACAGAAAUUACAUCCUGCAGACCCUCACUGCCGUGCAGAGGCAGAUAGUACAAUUUGGGCUUCAGGCAGUAGAGGCAUCAGUUUAUCUCACUGCAGGAGGGAAAAAACUAAACAUCUUCAGAACAACAGCACUUAAAUUCAAAAUAAAAAUUUAUAAGAACACUAAUAGAAUCAUUAAGAGACAUGAAAUAUAAAAUGAGUAAAGUUUACGGAGGAUAGGUUAUUCAUAAAAAUAGACACGGUGCCUCACAGUAUGGUGCCCUAUUGAAUAAACCUCUCUUAUAGAAACACUCUUCGCACUUAGGCCCCUUCACACAGCGCAAGUCUUAGACAAAAGUUCAAACUUGUGACAGAAACGUGGAAAAAAUCUUUGCUUGUCAGUCUAACGCGCGACGCUCUUAGAUCUCACUGUGAGACGCGUCCGACAACAGUUUAUUGGUAGCUUUGGCGUCUAAAGACGGCCUGUGGAAAUUCAGACGGUGACGGAAAUUCAGGAUCAAAUUCUCGCAGUGUGACUGCUGCCACGACCCACGUCUGCAAACCAGCCAACCAACCAGAAUAAGACAUGAAAUCAUGCAGAAUACACUGGCCAAUUUUUUUAAAAAUUCCGGUUUUGAAUUAAGUUAAGGGGAUUAAAAAAAAAACUUUCCCAGCCGUGGCCUGGUCCACACCCUCCUCCUCAUGUGCUCUGGGUUUUCGAUGCAUAAAAGGUCAGCACUGUCGCCAAAGCUGGUUUAUUAUUACUGAUACAAGCCUCUGCUUCCAUGUGCUGUUUUCCCGUUUACCUUGUAUCGCUACAGUUCACUAGGCACUUAAAGCACAACGUGACAAGCUUCAAAUUGCUAUAGUACAAUUAUAGCAUAGACACAGAGUGUGAACCAGGAUUUUAUCAUGCCCAUCUUGCACAGUAAAGGUGCCUUUUAAACGUUUGCUGGGAGCCAACAUGGCCGCCUGAGCAGCACUUUGACUUCACUGCAGACUGUCAUGAUGUUACGAUGCUGUGUUCAGGUCACCUGGAAGUUAUCGUAAAUAUCGUCGGCAUCAUAGUGAGACUUGUUCUGUUCUUGUCCGAAACGUAAACAAACACGGCGGCCUCAAGUUGAUCAUUCAACAUUAUUAAAUUCCGAUUUAAUACCAAUUUUGAUCGUUAAUGCUGUAUUACAUUGAUUAGAGCUGCAAUGAUUAGUUGAUCGAUUGAUCAAAAAUGAUAACAAUUGGGAGAUUAAUGAAAAUAAUCGUUGGUUGCAGCCCUACAGCAGAUUUACUGAUCAUUAGAGUGUGUUCAGACUGAAUGCAAAGCAAGUUUUAGAGGUGGUGCGAUUGCAUAUUAAUGCAAAGACGUAAACAAACGUGAAUUCACCUGGACCCACCGAGACAAGAGGAAAAGGACGAAUCCCUGAACUCACCAGGGACUCCCUCUCUUCCCCUCCAGAGUCUGAGCUGCUACACAGAUACACACAGGUGGUGUGUAUGUUGCUCGCCAGCUACAGCACAUUGGCUGCACUGUAGCUGGCAGUGUACUUGUACACUGUGGCGCAGCAACAGGGAGAGGAAAAAAAAAAAACACUCCAGCAGGUGAAAAUUUACUCCGCAUUGAGUCUGAACACACGUUAAGACUCACAAUUAAGAACACUGGACAUUCGCCAUCUCCAGUUGUUCCAACGAUGUGAGUACUUGGGAGUAGUAACCACGGUAACCUCUCCAUCCCACAUGACUGGAAUGUAGCCUUCCACUUGACCGAGCAGCUUCACGCUGAGAGUUUGAAAGUGGCCUCUGUUUAUGUACCAAAGACUGAUCAUCUGAUUGACGUGGCUCCUCCAGCCUGGGAUACUGGCAUGACAUGAACACACACACACACACACACACACUUUUACACACACUGUUAAAAUGAGUCAAAACCCAUGUUUACUACAGCAAAACCACAGUUAUUGUUAAAGAGCUGCCAAUGCUUCAUCUGAAACGGCCUUGCUUUAAAUCACUUGCCGUCACUUAGAAUAAUUUAAAAAAAAAAACGCCAGAGAAAUGACAGGAGGAACAGUUUAGAGUUGAACGUUGCAGUUCUUGGUCGACAUUUAACUCCCAGGUUGUGGGGGAAACAA